AUGAGCUUACCGAUGAACAUUCAGUCGGCCCCGCAAGGCAGAGACACCGAUUCCGAGGAGUCGGUGAGACUUUCGGAGCAGCUCAGACGUUUUGGGUCGAAACCAGGACCCAAUGAGGGCCAGAACCAGGUGCCAUCUUCAGUGUUUGAAGACGGCAAUUUUUCUGCCAAGUACAUUAGCCAGGACACAAAACAAGAGCUCAGCAGCUUGACGUCGCAAGAGGGCCCGGAAACCAAUGUCUCAAACCCUGUCACGAUAACUGGUGGGUUUCGCGAGCUGCACCCCGUUACCACGCCCCUUGGCAGUGUGGGGCCUCGUAAUAGAAGACCCAGUAUGCUUUCGAACCUAAUGGCCAGCACAUAUAGCGACAAGCCGCGGUCCUCAGGACGUGGCAGCGCUUCGCCGAUCCCGCAGGCGGUCGAAAUUGUGGAACGACAUUUGAAUCACUCUCCUGUUCGGGACGCCAACUCGCCGGCUGGCACGCAUUUCGACUCGCUCAAACGCCAGGGCGGAGACAUCACUAGAGAUAUAUACAACUGGGUGAGUGACCAGAAGAUUUCUGGCACGCCUUUGCGGAGAGUUGCCAGCUCCGGCUCACUGCAAUCCACGGGAACGUCGUCAGAGUUACGAAUGCCAGGGGCGUUUCGCCGCGAUUUCAUUGCGCACAGAGCUUCCGAUGCCGAUGGUGAAACGCCUCCUGCUGCCGACCUAGUCAGCCACCACUCUCGAAGACGUGUGAGACGGCCGAAGGCCAACUUUAUGACGCGCAAUUUCAUCGAGUUCCUGUCUCUGUACGGCCAUUUCGCUGGUGAAAAUUUGGAAGAGGAGACAGGAGACGAGCAGGAAUUGGAGCAGAGCGAUGUUAGUGACAUCAGUGACGCGAGCGACUUUGAAGAGGGGGACGAAGCAGCUGAUGAGGCCGACUUGUUGCUGUCGUCGUCUAUUUCUCCAGGUCCCACAUAUAGAAGUGACCGACGUGCGAGAUCGUCUAAUAUUUCUGUGGGGGACCCCAACAGAACGCGCACAAGACGCAGAAUCGCCACCAAGCCCCGUGUUCGCAGCUAUUCGUCGCAUAAAACGUCGAACCAAAAAGCCUUUUUGCUUCUGCUCAAGGCGUUUGUCGGAACAGGAGUGGUGUUUCUCCCCAAAUCUUUCUCAAACGGAGGCCUUCUAUUUUGCAAUGUGAUGAUUAUGGCCUUUUCCGUUAUUUCCUACUACUGCUUUAUGACCCUGAUCUGGUGUACCGAGCGCAGUCGAGUGUCUGGUUACGGUGAUCUGGGUCUCAAGCUGUUUGGACCAAAGCUUCAAUUUUUGAUUCUUUUGUCGCUGGCGUUGUCACAGCUUGGUUUUUCGAGCAGUUAUGUUGUGUUUGUUGCGGAGAAUUUCAGGGUGGUUGUCAAUACCUUUUUUUCGAGCGACUACGGUGUCGGUGUGUUUGUGGUGGUCCAAUUGCUUAUUUUCCUUCCGCUUUCACUAACGCGAAAUAUCAGUAAGCUCAGUCUGAUUGCUCUGAUUGCCGACGCUUUUAUUUUGCUGGGUUUGGUUUACAUUUACUCCUGUUCUGGGGCACACUUACUUAUCAACGGCGUUUCGCCUAAAGUGUCUCUUUUCCAGCCAAACACAUGGACUCUGUUUAUGGGAACAGCGGUGUUUGCGUACGAAGGUAUAGGCCUCUUGAUUCCAAUCAAGGAGUCUAUGAAACAUCCGGAGCAGUUCCAGAAACUGCUUAUUUUGGUAAUGGUGGUGGUGACCGUGAUUUUCGUGACUCUGUCGACGAUCUCGUACUUGAGUUAUGGUGACGACGUGAAGAUGGUGAUUUUGAUGAACUUCCCGCAAACAAAUUUUGCUCUCAUCAUUCAGAUAUGCUAUGCGCUUGCCAUUUUGCUGUCGACUCCUUUGCAACUGUUCCCGGCUAUCAAAAUUUUUGAGUCGUACCUUUUCCACAGAGAUAGAGCUACCUGGAGAAAUAAAAUCAGAAAGGACUCGGAAAACAAAAUGCGGAGCGAGACACAGCAGCUGUUUUCUGGUGUACCUAUUUACGACUCGACGUCACGCGAUCUGCGCCAGCUGAUCCAGAGUAUGCCGGAGGACGCAGUUGACGACCAGGGCGUGAUGUCUGGAAAGAGCGAUUCCAUCAUCAAAUGGCUCAAAAACGUGGUGCGCGUGUUCGUUGUCUUGGCCAUGUGUGCGAUCGGAUACCUGGGCUCGAGCGAUCUUGACCGCUUCGUGUCACUCAUAGGAAGUUUCACGUGUAUUCCUCUGAUUUACAUCUAUCCGCCGCUGCUUUAUGUUAGCAGCUUCGAGGAGCUGAGAUGGAGCUCAAAAUUGGCGAACGGUCUGGUGCUGAUCAUUGGAAUGGCGAUGAUGGUGUAUACAAGCUACCAAACUAUUUCGUCGUGGGGUAAAUAA